UUUUAAGGGUGUUUUCAUUAUACUUUUUUUAACCAAAUUAUAUAAGAAUUAAUAAAAACAUUAUAUACUUUUAAUUUGUCCUAGAUUUUUGAUUUUUUUAGCUUACAAGUUCCUGUAAUCUUUAAUGUAUAUAUAACAGUAACUCUAUAGCUUGGACGUUUUUAGUAUUAGGUUAAACUCAAUGGCUGAUAAAACAAUCUCUGGGUUGUUAAAUGGUUUUAUGAAGCGAGAGUAUUUUGGCGAAAUCGAAAUUACUGAUGACUUUUUAAAAGAGCAGUUAUUUCCAGAAGAAAGCACGGAAGCCUUCAGUGCAAUUUUAUUGAAGUACCAAUCCAUUUUAAACAAUAUUGUGUAUUCUGACAUGGAAUUGAAACAGCUAGAAGCAUUUUUGACAUCUCAAAUGAAAAAGAAGCCAGAUUACUUAUCUGAAGCACAAGCUGCUGCCAUUACUAAGUUUUGGAAAACGAAUAAACACAAAAUACAUGAUGUUAUUGUUACAAGAUCCACCUGGAACAAUCACCUAAAGACGUUAAAAUGGAGAAUAGAUGUCAGUUAUGAGAAUAAAGAAAAGGGAGGAGAACCAAAAGCUAUUUUCGAAAUGGACAUGGAGAAAAGAGUAUUAGCGAAGAAGCACGAGAAGAUUUUAUUUGAGGUAGAUAUAGAUAAGUUGGAUGAUAUGAUAUCUCAGGUAGAAAAAAUUGAACAAAACAUUAAUGAUAUUGUCAACUAGAUUUAUUAUUAUAUAUAUAUAUAGGUAUAUAGAUUUCUUGAUAUUUUCAAUGUCACCAAAUUCAUAAAUUUCACUAAUUAUAUUUGUAAAUUAGUGUGGGGAAAAAACAAGGAUUCGGUUAUUGCUUUGGCAAACCAAGUGACAAUUAUAAGAUUUUAGAAUAAAAAACUAUUAAAUACAAAAGGAUUAACAUCUCAAAAUUUUGUGUAUGGGCAUCCAUAUUCCUUAUGUUUUUACCAUGAUUCUCAACUGUAGACCUAUAAGCUUUUUUGAACCAUGCAAUUUUAUGACUUAUAGCGUAGGUAUGAUUCGCCAUGAAAAUUGAUGGGUAAUUGAUGGUAAAAACAAACAAGUUAAAAUAAAGCAAAAGCUUUUCGGUAUAAAACCAUCGUUAGUGCAUAUAAAAUGUUACUAUGUUACAAUCUUCAGUCAGUAUAUACAAAAAAAAAAGCAUAAUGGUCCUAAGAGAUCAAACAAAAUAAAGAGAAAAAUAAUUAACUGAUCACGUCACGUCAUUUCUAAAUAAAAGAAGCUUUUUUGAAUUAAGUUGAUCAUUUAAUACGAGUUUUUUCAAUGCAAUUAUUGAUGCUUCUAAAUUUAUCCAUAUUUUAGUGUUUAGGGGUGCUGAUAGAAUAACGCUCCAGACAAAUUGAUGACCUGUAUUGUUUAGCAAGUGUUUUGCUGGUUCUGAAUCCUUUCUAAUGUUGUUAUGCUCAUUAUACCGUGUUAUAACAUUUCUUUUUGUUUCUCCAAUAUAAAUUGCUGCACAAGAGCCCACUCCUUCUUAUAUUUUACAUGACGUGUAGGAAUUUCGUUCUUUCAAAGUGAGUAGCUGUUUAACUUUCUUAGUUUUCCACGAAAUAGCUACGUCAACUUUCCUUAUAUAUCCUUAUUUUUAUUUCCUUGAUUUUUGUACCAAUGCAACAAUUUUCUAUUAUUGCAUUAUUUCCAAUGUUUAAACUUAAUGUACCCAGCAACAAACAAAUUCCAUAUUUGCUAGCAAUAUUAUUUGAAAGCUGCAUUAUUUAGAUAUAUAAUUUUUUUUAGCCCAUUAUUAUCUAUAUAAGAAAGUCAUGUUGUUUUCUGCA